UCCUCCUCUACCUGAGACGCUACUCCAUGGAGCACACAUUUACCGGUUGUCAAGCUUUUAUGGCCUCACAUUACUCUGUCCUAGUCACUGGGGUACUGGUGCCAUUAGCGGCUUGUGCGGCCUGGGCACUAUACAGAUAUCACUUCCAACCAUCAGACACACAUCGGAGUGUGGAUGUGAAGAUACAGCAGGCUCUACGUCGAUAUGUCCUGAUUGAAUCCACCCAUGGAAAACCGGACUGUGUGCUACAGGCUUUUAAAGAAUAUGCCAGUAAAGAUGUCGUGAUAAAGGGGCUGCUAUUUACUGUAGAGCAAGAUAUUUUUCUAGAGGAAGCUGCCAAACAGUGUUAUCCCAAAGCAACCCUUGUAUUGGGCACGCAGUGUGGAUAUUCCCCUAUACGUCUCCUACAAUUUCUGCCCUCAGAUGGGAUGUUGUAUGCAGUGGAAGGAGAGGAUAGCAUGGCAGAAUCAGCCGAGGAGAUGAUUCUAGUUGCUGGUUUCAAACAUAAUCAGUUUAAACUGUUGUGCCAACACCCAGUAGAUGCCAUUCAUGUUCUGAAAAGCCAGUUUGGUGUGAAGAAGUUAGAUUUUGUGUUGAUGGACUAUGAAUGUGACCAGUAUGUAGAAGGCUUGCUGGCUUUGACAGAGUCUGGAAUUCUGUACCCUGGGACUUUAAUAUUAGCUAACAACACAAACCAUCCAACAUCCAAAAACUUCAUUCAAUACAUUGAAGGAGCUGAAGAUUAUAGAAUUGUAGAUGCCUGCAAGGGGUUGCUGAAAGUAGAAUAUGUGCAACCUAAAUCACUGUGGAGGAGCUGAUAGGCCAUAUACAUGGCAGGAAUCCUGAACAUA